AUGGAACCAUCCUUACCGGAGAGGAUUUUUGCCGCCGGCGAAGAACCAAUCGGCGAGAGGAUAAACUGCUAUCACAAAUCAAAGGCCAUCAACAACAUUCUUAGCGCCUUGGACAAAGAGGAGAGAGAUUUCCUAAAAAAAUCACCAUUUGGGAAACUCAUUGCGAUGGCGGAGAAGCCUGCAUUCUCCGGCAGUUUCGGACACUUUAUCAUCACACGGCUACUUAAGGUUAGCAAAAAAUACGAAAUAUGGAUUCUGUUCGCCAGGAAACCGAUUAGGGUUUCUCUUAGGGAAUUUGCGAUAGUCACCGGUUUGCCGUGCGGAAAAUAUCCGAGGAAGCAGAAGAAGAAAAAGAGAAACCCCGUCCUGGUGAAAUCCUAUUGGCCCGAUUUGUUUGGAAAUCUAAAAUCAUGUAGCAUCGACCUGGCAGUCAAGAUGUUGAAAAAGAGGACCGUCGUCGACCGUGAAAUCAGGCUGAAAUACGCCUGCCUCGCUAUCACCGGAGCAGUCUUAUGCCCCACAAACCAUAGGUCCAAAAUUGUCUUUGAACACGUGGAGCUGAUUAGAAGUCUCGACGAGUUUUUCGCGCACCCGUGGGGUCGAGUGGGGUUCGAGAUGUUGAUGUCCAGCAUCAAGUCUAAAGAUGAACUGGUGUUGGUGGAGGCAUGUCCAUCGUUAACGGAGGUUGUUCAGCUGAACGAGUCGUUGUCUGAAUCUGAAACCGAGGGGGAAGACGAGGAUGGUGAGUCUGAGGAUGCCGGCACUGCUAUCUUGCAAGAGAACACCAACACCGAUGCGGCACGGACGGCGUCGACGAAGGUCGGACUUAGCCCAAGUCACGCGAGGGACAUCGACGAAGUAUGCAAGGUCGGCAUUUUUAGCAUUAUCCCCGACGAUACAGAUGCUGGUACGGAGGGUAAAGACUUUAGCUGGUCCGACGAUGAAGACGAUCCCGGGGUUGAACAUAUGUUACACCUGAUUGGGGAGGACAUCGAAUUCCGCAAACAUAUGUUUAAGGGUAGGUUGACCCAGGCCGAGUUGGUGAAGAUGCGACUGGAGAGGAAAGAAAUCAGGGAGCGAAAGGAGAGGGAGAAGGAGAGGGCCCAAGAAAAUGUAACAACAACCGGCGCCCAUGCUACAAACUCUGCAGUACCUGACAAUCUUGCCGAAUUAUUGUCGGCGUCGGUGAAGGCGGAAUUGAUACCUUUUGAGCUUAAGAUGUCAACCGCUAUUGACCAAAUAUCGACACUUGAAUCAAGUCUGUCCACUCUUGGAACGUCGGUGACAGCCGCUAUAGUACAAAAGUUCACCGCAAUGCAGGAGAAAGUUAUUAAGAAUAUUCUUGAAUUUUUGGGGAAAUCCAUAUCCGGAAUUAACAGGCAUGAUUCACCGAGAGAGAGAUCCACGGCACGUGAGUUCGAGAACAGGUCUGACAAUGGGCUUCAGGCAGGGGCUAGAAGUGGUACGAACCAGGCACAUGACAAGGCUACGGCUGAUGCAGUUAUCAAUGAGGCCGUUGCGAUGGCUUCCAACAUCAAUGCCGAUAAACCCAACGAUGUUCAGCAGCAGAGGGGCGAAGGAAUGGCCGCCUUUAGUUCAGAGGUCGGUGAAACUAACGAAAUUCAGACGGAGGGACAAGAUGAUGGUGGUCUAGGCGAGAGAGAUGGCGGCGAUCAUGCUCAGGAUAAUGGGGAUGAAGGGGAAUUCCCUCAGCGUGGCAAGAGGGCCCGAGUGCAUACAUCGUUUAAUGAUUUCCAUGUAGACCCCAAGUGGGUAUCAUGCACCCUGGGUAGCCACCCCUUCAUAUGCCACCCUGACAAACAGUCUGCGUAUUUUACAAAGUUUUCUCGGUUGCACGGGAUAUUGCAGAAUUACCGGCUCAUCAGCCUUGGCAGCGGAAUCUCUGUUAACAACAAGGAAGUACUUGAGAUUUCUGAUAGGACAAAGCCUAUGAUGCCCAAGAUGAUGGACGCCUUCCUCUUAUACGCCCGCGCAGUAUAUGUUCGACAUUUUUCCAAGCCUCAGUUGAACAAGAUUGUCUUUCUUGAAACCAAAUUUACGACUGCCCUAAUGAAGUCAUGGAAAAAAUUUUCCCAGGUGGCUGUGAAAGACCGACAUAGGUUCAAGUUUGGGGAUUGUGUAAUGGAUCAUCUUGAGUUCGACAGUGUAGAUCUCCCUCCACCUGAGCGCCUGUACCUGCCUUUCAAUUUUGACAGGGACCAUUGGGUUGACAUUGCUGUUGACACCAUUGCGGGAACUAUGACCGUAAUUGAUUGCAACUGCUCACUGAGGAUGGAUGGCGCAAUAAAGAAGGAGUUGGCCCCGAUGUCUCUUAUGUUUCCACAUGUACUUAGACAGAGUUCGGCUAACAAACGAGUUAGCAAAGCGAAACCGUUCUCUAUCCAUCGACCGAAGGGCAUUCCGCAGAACUCCAUCAUGUCUGACUCUGGUGUAACAACAGCCCUCCUCAUAAUGUUCCACUCUGUGGGAGGGAUUGGAUCGUUGCAAGACGCUCACACCCGAGAAGAUGGCCAAGGAGUCUCAGGUGUUGGCUGUCAAGUUUUUUGA